AUGAGUGAAAAGUCCAACGCGCUCGUCGGUGGCGGCUUCCCUCAACCUGCGCCGCGCUCGGCGAACCUCGACAGCGCCUUCGCCUACUGUGCGGCUGCCACAGCUGUGACAGCGAUGGGCUCGCCCUCACUGGCCCUCAGUCACUUGUGCUGCGGCUUGUGUGAGCGACACUGCUCAGCGACUGCCGGCACACUGUGA